AUGAAGUUCAAAAACAUCUUUCAAAAAGACGACCUGGAGAUGGAGAGAAGAGCGCCCUUGCCUUGGAUCUCCAAUCCAGUGUCCCUUGGGGUCCAAGCUCAGGAUGAGGAAAUCGUCCUGGAAUCCGUCUCUAAAGUGGACACAUCUACGGAAACUUUGGAGGAUAUACAGAAGGAGGCUCCCGACAAAACAAACUCUUCUGUUUUCAAAACGCCCAACACUUUGCUGGUUGACCUGUUCUAUGACCUGUUCUUUGCCGCCAAUCUGGCAGGCUUCACACUGACACAUGAAAUAAAUAAUACUGGAGGCCUAAAAUCGUAUGCCGGCUACAUUUCGUUGCUGUGGUUCGUCUGGGUCCAGACUACGUUUUUCGAUCUCCGAUUCUAUACCGACUCCGUCCUGUCACGGCUAUUCAAAAUCCUGCAUUUGGGGGUUGUAGGCGCCUUCACUAUUCUGGGACCUAAUUUCGAUUCAUCAAGCCCCACGACAAGGACGAAUCAGUACCAGAACACUAGCUUCGUUCUUAUGUCAUCGCGAGUUAUCCUGGUUCUUCAGUAUGGCUCCAUCUUAUGGUAUAUAAGAGGAUACAAACGUGCAGUUCUUCCAAUUCUGAUGGUUAUUGGUGCACUCUUUGUUACUGCAAUGUCGUACAUGGGUCUCGCAUUUGCUGCAAUAAGAUCUAGCGGGAAUCUUGCCUUCGUUGCAUGGUAUGUGAUUGGGGCAGUGGAGGCAAUAUUUAUGGUAUCUAUAUCAAGCUUUUGGGAAGUGCUUAGUUUCAAGGAGACUGCUAUCGUCCAAAGAUUUAAGAGCAUGACAUUGAUUAUCCUCGGAAUAGGCUUUGUUGGGAUGGCCAGAGCGGCCACCAGAGUUGCCCAAGAUAUAAGAGAUAUUACUAGCACGUCAAUUGGCCUUAUGAUAAGCUACUUCUUUGUUAUUUAUUUCAUCUAUACGAUGUACUCUGACCAGAUCCCCGAGAACUGGUUUAGCGGCAUCCGCCAGCAAAUAUGGACACUUGUGCAUCUUCCAUUACACAUGGGAAUACUUCUCGCCGUUGAAGGUUGCCGUGGAUGGAUUAUGUGGGACAUUGCCAACCAUAUCAUCGAGGGAGCUGCCCUUCAAGCCCUCUUGGCUUUAGACGCACUGGGCUUACCGCGAACUCCAUCCGAAGCAGAGGCUUUUGUCACCGAGCUUAGGAUAAUCGUCAUCAAUCUCUACCAGCGGCUCCACUCCGGAGAGCCAGUGCCGGAUUUCACACCGAUAUACGAAGGGCUUCUCUCCCUGAACCCCUUCGACGAAGAUACUCAAGUAUACGUGCUUAUCCAAGAGUUUUUCAACGACAUAUACUUUUGGGUUAUGCGGGCCUUUGGCAUCCCUGUACCACGGUUAGGAAACAUCGGGCGUCAAACUUUCGAGGAGCAGAACAAGGUCAUUUACAGCAAGUUUUACGUACUGUUUGGAUACUUCUUCAUAGGGUCUGGGUUGACGCUUGUGCUCCUUGCACUUCUACGUUGGUUGGGCAAAGCGCGUAGGACGCGUGGCGAGAUGCUGUCCAUUGUCUUGAUGACUCUGCUCGGGACGGGUGUGACGUUUAUCUCAUUUUUCAUCCCAGCUGAAAAGAACUUGAAUGUAGAGGUACAACCGGAGGGGCCGUUUUCAAUCUACUUGAACAGUAGGUGGAUCGUGCCGACUGUGGCGUUGAUAUAUGCGUUUGUCGUUGUGGUUGAUAAUUUGAUUAUUUGGAUCUCGCACAGACGCUGGAUCAAGCGUUUACCUAGUAGUUGAUUUGUCACCCCUGCGAUGUCAUUCAUCUCGGUCUCAAUAGAUCUGAAAAAAAAGGCAUUGACUACAUGGGAAUGAUACUAUAUGUCAACGUGCGCUUUGUAUCAAAUUUCGGCCUUUCUAAGGCUCCAAAUGCGUGAAAGAGAUCCUAUGCUCAAAUUACGACUUUCCCCCAUCCUCUCAGAACAAGAAAGAAAAAAGAAAACGUAAGAAAAAUAAUAUAUUUACAUGUUGAAAUAGUUGUACCAGUAACUGAUUAUAGGCAUUAGUUUUGUGUUUUGGUUCCUGUAUUCAGUUAUGAGUACUAGUGUUUAAGUGUUCAUCUGAUUUUACUUGUCAUUUUAUCA